AUGUCAAAAGUCUUCACAGCUGAGGAGGUCGCCCAACACAACACUAGAGAUGACCUGUAUAUCAUAUACAAGGGCAAAGUCUACAACUGCAGCGAAUACUUGGAUGAACACCCGGGAGGAGAAGAGGUGAUCAUGGACUGUGCCGGUACAGAUGCUACAGAGCCGUUUGAGGAUAUUGGACACUCGGAGGACGCUCACGAGAUUCUGGCUAACCUCGAAGUUGGCGAGUUGAAAGGCGGCGUCCCUGCCAAGCCUGUUGUGUCUGCUGCAUCUUCGUCGUCGUGGGCCCUUGGGGUUGCUCAGAGACACUCUCGCGAGCCGGAUCUUAGUCUUUCCGCUUGUACUUACAAAUCCCUGGGAUUUUAUUCGUCGAGAUCUGGUGGUUACCCGGACAUGUCAGCGGAAGCUCGUUGGCUAAACCAUUUUGAGACGACUAUCGGCCAAACUCAAAGCACGAGGUAUGGGCCCUAUUCAGAGCAACCACCUUCGUAUAUGUCUUCAGAUCAUGGGCAUGCAGUAACUGCUGUUUGCGAAUUUUCCCGCAACGUCUGA